AUGGAACUGGGAGCCCAUGCAGCCAUGAAGCUUUUGACCUACUCUCUCUGCUGCCUUCAAGAUCCUUUGACACCACUGACAGUUAAGCUGUAUGCCUUCCCUUAUUGCACACCAACAGCAGAGUCCACAAGUUUAUGUGUCUCAGUCCGCAGCAGCUCAAAUCCCAGCCUUCUAUAUGGAUACAAGACAUUUAUUCAAUACCCAGCAUGCGCGAUUGGCUCCACCAUCCCUGGCUCAGCAGCAGGGCUUCCAACCAACCUGGUCUCUCACAGCCAACAUCGGUUCAGCAGAUUCCAAUCCCUAUCUAUGCCUCACUGCAAGGGGCAGCAUCAAGCCCAACUGAGUUUGGGGGCUGGGCCUGCUGUUUCCCAGGCUCAGGAAUUAUUCAGUCCUUCAAUUCAACCGUAUAGAUCGCAUCCAGCCUUUAAGCAAAGCAGUCUUUCCCAGCCUUCCGUGGUCCUCUCUGGUACAGCUAUCCACAACUUCGCAGCUGUCCAGGACCAGGAACUUGCCAAGGCACAGUCAGGUCUUGCCUUUCAGCAGACUUCAAAUACUCAGCCCAUCCCCAUACUGCCUCCAAUCUAUUCUGGACAAGUACAGCAGCUUGGCCAGACAAACUUUUAUAACACUGCCCAGUCACCAAGUGCUCUCCAGCAGGUUACAGUACCUUUACCAGCAUCCCAGCUUUCCCUGACUAAUUUUGGAUCUACUGGACAACCUCUGAUUGCUUUGCCUCAGACUCUUCAGCCCCAGUUAUAGAACACAACCCCACAAGCCCAGGCUCAGAGCUUGAGCCGUCCUGCUCAAGUAAGCCAGCCUUUCAGAGGAUUGAUCCCUGCUGGGACUCAGUAUAUCAUGAUGGCCACCACAGGGAAAAUGUCUGAAAUGGAACUAAAAGUCUUUGGGAGUGGCACUGAUACCAAACCAGGAACACAUCCAAAUGGUGGUCGAAGCACCACGCCAACAUCUAGUCCACUCAGGGCUACAUCAGCAAGUCCAAACAGCCAGUGUAGCAAAAUGAACAGCAUUGUGUAUCAGAAACAGUUCCAGUCAGCCCCUGCCACAGUGAGAAUGGCACAGCCGUUUCCUGCAGUUUUCACCCCAGAGGAGAGCUGUGCAAAGCAGAGAGCAGAGGUUCUUCAGUCCACGCAGCGGUUCUUCUCUUAACAGCAACAGAGCAAACAGAUAGAAGGCAAAGCCCAGAGAGUGGACAAUGGCACAAGUAAACCUGAAACGCUGAGUGACCCUCCUGGUACCUGUCAGGAAAAAGUAGAAGAAAAGCCACCCCCUGCACCCACCAUAACCACCAAACCUGUUAGAACGGGACCAAUCAAACCUCAGGCGAUCAAAAGCGAAGAAACAAAAUCAAAAAGGCUGUGGUUUAUUGGGGGCGGGAGGGCUGGAUAGGGAAAGUGAAGUCAAAUAAUGCCACCAGCCACAGGGGUAAAGUGAUCUGUGACAUUAUCCUGUGAGACACAAGGGGCAUAGAGCAUUUUACACUGACAGAGCUGCUACACCAAUUACAAUG